CUUGUUUAGUAUUAAAUUGUACCCAAGACAAAAAAAGUUCUUAUAUCGAAGAGACCCGUACUUCCUUUGUUGAAAUAGGGAUAAAUGGUUUGAGUCGAGAUUUUAUAAAAAUAGACUUAGUGAAAUCCCCUAUUUCGUAUACCGCAAAAAGGAAUGAUCCUUCGCGUUCAGGAUUGAUCUAUGAGAAUGGAUCAGAUUGCACCAAUAUCAAUCCGUUUUCUUCCCGUUUUUUCUACUAUUCCAACGCAAGGAUUAAAGAAUCCCUUAAUCAAAACCAAGGCACUAUUCAUACAUUGUUCAAUAGAAAUAAGGAAUACCAAUCUUUGAUAAUUUUGUCAUCCUCUAAUUGUUUUCGAAUGGGCCCAUUCAACAAUGUAAAAUAUCACAAUGUGAUAAAAGAAUCAAUUAAAAAAGAUCCCCCAAUUCCAAUUAGGAAUUUGUUGGGCCCUUUAGGAACAGCCCUUAAAACUGCGAAUUUUUAUCCAUUUUCCCAUUUAAUAACUUAUAAUCAGAUCUUGGUAAUUAACUAUUUGCAACUUGACAACUUAAAACAGACCUUUCAAGUAAUUAAAUAUUUUUUAAUGGAUGAAAUUGGUAAAAUUUAUAAUUAUGAUUUGUGCAGUAACAUUAUUUUGAAUCCAUUCAAUUUAAAUUGGUAUUUUCUUCAGCACAAUUAUUGUGAAGGGAUGUCUACAAUAAUGAGUCUUGGGCAGUUUAUUUGUGAAAAUGUAUGUAUAGCCAAAAAUGGACCACAUCUCAAAUCGGGUCAAGUUCUAAUUGUUAAAAUGGAUUCUGUAGUAAUACGAUCCGCUAAGCCUUAUUUAGCCACCCCAGGAGCAACGGUUCAUGGCCAUUAUGGGGAAAUCCUUUACGAAGGAGAUACAUUAGUUACAUUUAUAUAUGAAAAAUCGCGAUCUGGUGAUAUAACGCAGGGCCUUCCAAAAGUGGAACAGGUAUUAGAAGUGCGUUCGAUUGAUUCAAUAUCGAUGAAUCUCGAAAAGAGGGUUGAGGGUUGGCAUGAAUGUAUAACAAGAACUCUUGGAAUUCCUUGGGGGUUCUUGAUUGGUGCUGAGCUAACUAUAGUGCAAAGUCGUAUCGCUUUGGUUAAUAAGAUCCAAAAGGUUUAUCGAUCCCAGGGGGUGCAGAUCCAUAAUAGACAUAUAGAAAUUAUUGUACGUCAAAUAACAUCAAAAGUGUUGGUUUCAGAAGAUGGGAUGUCUAAUGUUUUCUUACCCGGAGAAUUAAUUGGAUUGUUACGGGCGGAACGAAUGGGGCGUGCUUUGGAAGAAGCAAUCUGUUACCGAGCCGUCUUAUUGGGAAUAACAAAAGCAUCUCUGAAUACUCAAAGUUUCAUAUCCGAAGCGAGUUUUCAAGAAACUGCUCGAGUUUUAGCAAAAGCUGCUCUACGGGGUCGUAUUGAUUGGUUAAAAGGCCUGAAAGAGAACGUUGUUCUGGGGGGGAUGAUACCCGUUGGUACCGGAUUCGAGGGAUUGGUGCACUCUUCGAGACAACAUACCAACCUUUCCUUGGAAACCAAAAAUAAUAAUAUAUUUGAGGGGGAGAUGAGAGAUAUUUUGUUCCACCACAGAAAAUUUUUUGAUUCUUGCUUUUCAAAGAAUUUCCAUGAUACAUCAGAACAAUCAUUUAUAGGUAUAGGAUUUAAUGAUUCCUAAAAGUGGAUUCAGCCUUUUAUUUGAAAAAUUUGAUUUCUUUUAGGAAUAGUCAAAAUGAUAAUAACGAAUAGAAAGUAAUAAUGUAAUGGCUUAGGUUAUCGUAUAUCUACGGUCAUUUUGCGGUAGAAGAGAAGGUUCCAUCGGAACAAUUUUUAUUUUAGGAUACCCUCGUCUCUUAAAAAAAAAAAGAGGAGGGUGUGGGGAGAAAUGACAAAAAGAUAUUGGAACAUCGAUUUGGAAGAGAUGAUGAAGGCCGGAGUUCAUUUUGGACAUGGUACUAGGAAAUGGAAUCCUAAAAUGGCCCCUUAUAUUUCUGCAAAGCGUAAAGGUAUUCAUAUUAUAAAUCUUACUAGAACCGCUCGUUUUUUAUCAGAAGCUUGUGAUUUGGUUUUUGAUGCAGCAAGUAGGGGAAAACAAUUCUUAAUCGUUGGCACGAAAAAUAAAGCAGCUGACCUAGUAGCAUGGGCUGCAAUAAGGGCUCGGUGUCAUUAUGUUAAUAAAAAAUGGCUCGGCGGUAUGUUAACGAAUUGGUCCACUACAGAAACGAGACUUCAUAAGUUUAGAGACUUGAGAACAGAACAAAAAACAGGGAGACUUCGUCGUCUUCCGAAAAGAGAUGCGGCCGUGUUGAAAAGACAAUUAUCUCACUUGCAAACAUAUCUGGGCGGGAUUAAAUAUAUGACGGGGUUACCAGAUAUUGUAAUCAUCAUUGAUCAACACGAAGAAUAUACGGCACUUCAAGAAUGUAUCACUUUGGGAAUUCCAACAAUUUCUUUAAUCGAUACAAAUUGUGACCCCGAUCUUGCAGAUAUUUCGAUUCCAGCCAAUGAUGACGCUAUAUCUUCAAUCCGAUUAAUUCUUAACAAAUUAGUAUUCGCAAUUCGUGAAGGGCGUUCUAGCUAUAUAAGAAAUCCGUGAUUCGUAUUAUUAAUUUACUAUUAUUAAUAAUAAGAUAAAAAACUUAACUUACUUUGUAAAUUUCAUAGAGUUUUGUAAUCAGUUACUAUUUCUGAAUCUCAGAUACUCUUUUUGGAUCUCAAAAAAGAGAUAAAAAACUGGGGAUAUUAUGUGAUUCGUUGGUAUUCAAGAAUUGAAUUGGUAUUAUAAAUAUAUAUAGGAUUAAAGUAGUCACGUAGAGAAAGAGACGUUUGAAUCAAAAUAAUUUUAUUUUAAGCUAUAUUUUUUUCAGAGGGCAAUAUGAAUGUUCUAUCCUGUUCCAUCAACAAACUAAAUGGGUUAUACGAUAUUUCUGGUGUGGAAGUAGGCCAACAUUUCUAUUGGAAAAUAGGAGGUUUCCAAGUCCACGGCCAAGUACUUAUUACUUCUUGGGUUGUAAUUGCUAUCUUAUUGGGUUCAGCUACUCUAGCUGUUCGGAACCCACAAACCAUUCCAACUAGCGGUCAGAAUUUCUUCGAAUAUGUACUUGAAUUCAUUCGAGAUGUGAGUAAAACUCAAAUUGGAGAAGAAUAUGGUCCCUGGGUUCCUUUUAUUGGAACAAUGUUUCUAUUUAUUUUUGUUUCUAAUUGGUCAGGAGCGCUUUUACCUUGGAAAAUCAUACAAUUACCUCAUGGGGAGUUAGCCGCACCCACGAAUGAUAUAAAUACUACUGUUGCUUUGGCUUUACUCACGUCAGUGGCAUAUUUCUAUGCGGGUAUUAGCAAAAAAGGAUUGGGUUAUUUCGGAAAAUAUAUUCAACCAACCCCAAUCCUUUUACCCAUUAACAUCUUAGAAGAUUUCACAAAACCUUUAUCACUCAGUUUUCGACUUUUCGGAAAUAUAUUAGCUGAUGAAUUAGUAGUUGUUGUUCUUGUUUCUUUAGUACCUUUAGUGGUUCCUAUACCUGUCAUGUUCCUUGGAUUAUUUACAAGUGGUAUUCAAGCUCUGAUUUUUGCAACUUUAGCCGCGGCUUAUAUAGGGGAAUCCAUGGAGGGUCAUCAUUGACUAUUUUUUGAAAUAUUAUUUUUGAGUUUAUCCCAAGGCAACAUAUGCGCGUCUCAAAAAAAUUUAAUCUAAUUAGGAAAUCUAAAUAUAUAACUCACUAUAUACAGAGUAAUAGCAAAAGACAGUAGAGUAGAGAAUUUAAAAAUAAAAAAAGGGUGAUUCGGAUCGGAGAGGGAGGUUUAUUAGGUAUAUUAUACGUAAAAAGUCGUUAUUCUAUAAGUCAACUUUUUUUCGACGCAAAAUUCUCGAAUCCGAUUGAAUCUACGAUCAAUGAAGAAUUGGUUUACGUUAUGGAAGAAAGACAUGUAUAUGUGAUUUAUAUUAAAUAUUGACUAGUUAUAUAUGAACUAAAGAUAUAUUCAAUUUGUCCUACUACUAGUGAAAUUGCCCUACUACUAUAAAUUUGGAUGGAUAUUCCAAUAGAAGUCCUUCCGUAUCCUCUGGGACUGUGAGUUGAAUGAAUAAAUCGAUGAAAUCAAGAAAAAAA